GACGGGUCAGAAAAACGGUUUGCUUGUAAGUAAAAAUUGUUCUCAUAGCUAAUACAUAUCCACCUGCAGGUAGCAGAUAUAAGCGUAUAUAUGUUUGGAGACACAAUUUUCACUAUUAUUUUUCUGACCUGAGAGUGAGUCAUGGGCAAAAGCUGCAAGGUGGUUGUGUGUGGACAGGGUGCAGUUGGUAAAACGGCUGUUUUGGAGCAACUUCUGUAUGCCAAUCAUGUUGCAGGUUCAGAGCCCAUGGAGACCCUGGAGGAUAUCUACAUUGGCUCCAUAGAAACUGACCGCGGCACACGGGAGCAGGUGCGCUUCUAUGACACCCGUGGACUCCGGGAUGGGAUGGAGUUUCCUCGACAUUACUACACUUUUGCUGAUGGCUUCGUACUUGUCUACAGCAUUGACAGUAAAGAGUCCUUUAAGCGGAUGGAGGCCCUCAAGAAGGACAUUGACCGUCACAGAGACAAGAAAGAGGUGACCAUUGUCGUGCUUGGUAACAAGCUGGACAAGCAGGAUGAGAGGAGAGUUGACUCUAACAUGGCCCAGAAUUGGGCGAAGAAUGAGAAGGUGCGUCUGUGGGAGGUGUCGGUGGUGGACCGGCGCACACUGAUUGAACCCUUUGUCUACCUGGCCAGCAAAAUGACCCAGCCACAGAGCAAGUCCACUUUCCCUCUCAGUCGCAAUAAGAAUAAGGGCAGUGGGUCCACAGACAGCUGAAUGACCAGACAGUGAUAUCAUGUUUAAGAGGGAGGAAAAAGGGAGAAGAGUUGUGCUAAAGGGAACAAUUUUAGUGUUACGAAGGAUGUAGUAAGACUUGUUUUGAAGAAUGUGGAGAAGCAAUGAUGAGAGAAAAGGCAGGAUGAUUGUAUGGAUAUUUAUAUACAGUGAGUGCUGUUGGUAUUGAUAUAGCAUCUGAUGCUUUGGUGAAAUACAUUGUACUUUUAUUAUAACUUAGUGAAAGUGCUGAUGAGUCUGAGGUGUUUAAGUUUGUCAUUUCCAUUUUAGUAAGUUGGAUUAUGGUCAAAGUAUUUACCAAUGUUCUUCACAAUUUCCACUGUUGACAUCUGCAGUCAUAUUUGGACCCACAUAAUGUCGUUCUUGAACUACUGAUAAUUAACAUUUUGAUCACAGUUUGUACCCGGACAUAGUUUUAAGGCAUCAGCCUUGUGGUGCUCAUUGUAUAGAUAAAUUAGAACCUAGCACACAUGUACACUGGCCACUAUUUUAUUUACAUGUACACUACAUGUAUACACAGACUGAAUCAGGAAUGGUAGCAGUCAUUAAUGUUACCGAAUUACUGCAUCACAUAAAUGCUGAAUUUCACAUGUUGGAAAAUAUAUGAUUGGUGAAGGGAUUUUAUUGAUAAAUUGUUGAUGAUAUACAGUUACUGUGCUGUUAGUUGAUCUGGAGAUUUGUUACACUAUAUAUGUUCUUUGCUGGGAUUCACUGUUGGAUGUUGUAGAGUGAAUGAUUGACAUUCCUUACCACAAACUGCCUUCUGUACAGGCUUUACAAUUGAAGUAUGAGAUGAAGAUGUUCAGGUGAAAGGCAGUUUCUGCAGGCUCAGGUGCUACUUUUUCCCGGUUGUGACAUGUGAAAGACAUAGAGCGCUCUAUAAAAUGCUGUAGCAAAACGACAAUAGCUCAUCAUAUAAUCAGUUACUGCUGAAGUUGAAGCUGGUAAAUCUUUUACUAAGCUGUAAAAUAAAAUCCUGAAGUACUCAUUAGUCUACCAUUAAACUGUUUAUUCAGGGUGCAAAAUGCAUCAAAAUGAGCAGCUUUUAAUGUUGAAUUGAAAGGGGGAAAUGUCUUGAUAUUGUCUUGAAUAUUCAUGUUUGUUCCAGAGUCUAUCAACACUAUAUAUCAUACAUGCAACUUUUUUUUUUGAAUCUCAAGCUCUCAUGUAUUAUUAGCCAUAAAAUGUGUUCACUUUAUAUUUGUUUGCAGGUUUUGUAAACAAAUAAAAAAAAAUUCGGUGCCUAACCAGA